AUGAGCGAAAUAAAUGCCUUGUUAGACUGUAGUUACAAGAUUAAAGAAGAGCAUAUUGAAUCGAAGCGAAUCAAUCUCGAAACCACAACUGUUUACGAAGACAAAGUGCUCGACAUGCGAACGAGAAAAACGUUCAAAGACCGAGCUAAAAUCGCACGUUUUGUUACCGGUGGUCUUCGAUCGGUUCAAUCAGAUGUCCUACUAAUGUAUUAUAGUUUUACCAGAUUUAAUUAUCCAAAUCUUCACCGAAUGGCUCCUUCACUUAAAUAUGCGGAUCAUCUUAUUGAGCGGGCAAAGAGUGUUGCGUUAUUAAUACGCCCAUACAUUGCCAUUUAUUGGCGGAUGGAAUCGGCAAAGGCGUACAAUCUAGUUAAUUACAGCGUUCGUCUUGUUGAAUAUAUAGAAUGGAUUAAAAAAGAGAAGAAAAUGAAAAAUGUAUAUCGCUACGGACCAUUCACUUUCAACUUUUACACCUGGACGCACCUCAAUUCUUCUCUACCAACUUUUAACAACACGAUAUUCUUAUCGAUUAAGAGAGAAAGGGAUCAAUAUUAG